AUGACUACCACGAUAGGAUCCCCACAGAUGCUGGCUAAUGAGGAGAGACUUUCUAACGAGAUGCACGCGCUGAAGAAUCACCCCGAUCAGAAUGGGCAAGAGCAACGGGGUCCCGUUAAGAACACACAACUGCAUAGUCCCUCAGCAACCGUGCCAGAAACUACGGCCACCCAAAAAGAGCCCUUAGAAAUGGUACCGAAGGAUACAAGUGCAGUGGCUAUGACAAGUACGCCUCCGCCAGCGUUGCCGCAUGUUGAGAUUAAUCAAGUUAGUCUGGCAUUAGUAAUAAGGAACUUGACGGUAUUUACCAUGAAGGAACUUGCUCAGUACAUGAAAACUAAUGUGCACACCCAGAUAAACGAGCCCAACUCUGCAAAGAAGAUACGUUUCUUACAGCUGAUUAUAUUCUUAAGGACACAAUUUUUGAAACUUUACGUGCUUGUGAAAUGGACGCGUACUAUAAAACAAAACAAUUUUCACGUAUUAAUCGAUCUGUUGAACUGGUUUAGAACGACUAACAUGAACGUUAACAAUUGUAUCUGGGCUUUGAAAAGUAGUCUAAAUUCUAUGACCAAUGCUAAGUUGCCCAAUGUGGAUUUGGUCACCGCCUUGGAAGUUUUGAGUCUUGGGAGGCCUAAUCUACCCACACACAACUUCAAAUUAAGUGGUGGCAGUGACUCUAUGGAUAUGGUGGACGGAAUGGCCAAAGUUCCCAUCGGAUUGAUUCUACAGAGACUAAAAGAUUUGAAUUUGACCGUCUCAAUCAAAAUUGCAUUAAUGAACAUUCCUAAACCAUUAAACAACUAUCAUAUUAAAAAUGGUAGGAUCUACUUUACUGUAGCUAAUGAAUUUGAAAUCCAGUUGUCCACUGUUAAUAGACAGUCCCCUCUAUUUUUUGUGGACUUGAAAUUGUUGUUUAACACAGAAGCUGAACAAAGUGUUUCAACGGUAACGGAAGCUAAUUCGCCUAACGGUGAUAGCGAGAACAAUGAUGAGAACUCAAAUUCUAACGGCAAUAACUUACCUUUAAAUAAACCAAGACUGGAGAAACUAAUCAAUGAGUUACUUUUGAAAAGUAACGAUCCAUUGUUGUCCCUGUACAAUUUUUUGCAUAAAUACGUGCUGACAUUACAGUUAUACAUGGUUCAUAGAGAAUUUUUAAAGCUGGCCAACGGUGGUAAGUUUUCCAAAAGUAAUUUGAUCCAUAAUUAUGACUCUAAAAAAAGUAUAAUCACAGUUAGAUAUUGGCUGAACGGCAAAAUGGACAGUAAGGGUAAGAUUACUAUUGGCAUUCAAAGGACAACGGAAAGUCUUAUCCUGAAAUGGGACAACCAGAGUGCAUCAAGGGCCAAAAAUAUGCCUGUAAUUUAUAACAAUAUUGUAUCAAAUAUCGAAGGGAUUUUGGACGAAAUUAUGUUCAACCAUGCAAGAAUUAUCAGAUCGGAGCUGCUGGCAAGGGAUAUAUUCCAAGAAGACGAAGAAAAUCCGGAUGUUCUAUUAUUUCAACUUCCUACGACAUGUGUUUCCAUGGCACCCAUUCAAUUAAAAAUUGAUUUAUUGAGUGGGCAGUUUUACUUCAGAAAUCCGACUCCGCUAUUAUUGAAAUACGCGUCAAAGAUAAAUAGAGCCGAGGGCCCAGAGGAAUUGGCGAGAAUACUACAACUGCUGAAAUUAGACAAAAUUAUUCAUGUUUUAACUACCAUGUUUGAAAACACGGGAUGGUCAUGUAGCAAAAUUAUUAAGAUUGAUAAACCAAUUAGGACUCAAGUGAAUACGAAUGGCGAGAGCGUUGUUAAGAAAGAAGGUGAUAAAUACGCUGUCGCUGGUAACAACACUACUAAUAGUGAUGCUUCUCUGUUAUUACAAAGGGACUUAUUUAUCAGGCUACCACAUUGGCCUCUCAACUGGUAUUUAAUUUUAUCGAUAAUAUCCUCUAAAACAUCAUGCGUCGUAGAAAAGAGAAUCGGUAAAAUUGUCUCUCAGCGUGGGAAAUGGAACCUCAAAUAUUUAGACAAUUCUAACGUUAUGACUGUCAAGUUGGAGUCAAUAACGUAUCAAAAAAUUAUGAUAUUGCAAAAGACUAUUUUAAACAGAAUCAUAAAUCAUAUGUUGAUCGAUUCUUUGAACCAACUAGAAAUUCGCAAUAAGAUUUGUUCUUCUGAAAUGAUCAACGAACAAAAACUACCUCAAUAUAUUAUCCAGGGAAGUAAUACUAAUGAUAACAUAUCAAUAAUAACUCUAGAGUUAGAGUCGUUUUUGGAAGGUUCAAAAGCACUGAACUUCAUAUUGGAGAGUUCCAUGUUUCUAAGGAUAGAUUACUCCAACUCCCAAAUACGAUUGUAUGCUAAAUUUAAAAGAAACACAAUGAUGAUCCAAUGUCAGAUUGAUAAACUAUACAUCCACUUUGUACAGGAAGAACCGUUAGCUUUUUAUUUGGAGGAGAGUUUUACAAAUCUUGGUAUAAUAGUGCAAUAUCUGACCAAAUUUAGGCAAAAAUUGAUGCAAUUAGUUGUAUUAACAGAUGUUGUGGAAAGAUUGCACAAGAAUUUUGAGUCCGAAAACUUCAAGAUAAUUGCAUUACAACCCAAUGAGAUUUCCUUCAAGUAUCUCUCCAACAAUGAAGAAGAUGAUAAAGACUGUACAAUAAAGAUAUUAACAAAUGACGACUCUAUCAAAAAUUUGACAGUUCAACUAUCACCUUCCAAUCCACAACAUAUAAUUCAACCUUUCUUAGAUAAUUCGACAAUGGAUUAUCAUUUUAUUUUUAGCUACUUACAAUUCACGUCAUCUUUGUUUAAAGCUUUAAAAGUAAUUCUCAAUGAAAGGGGGGGCAAAUUCCAUGAGGGUAGAAGUCAGUACUCCACUAUGGUAAACAUUGGGUUGCAUAAUCUAAACGAGUAUCAGAUAGUAUAUUAUAACCCUCAGGCAGGUACUAAGAUUACAAUAUGUAUAGAAUUGAAAACUGUUUUGCACAACGGCCGUGAUAAAAUUCAAUUUCAUAUUCAUUUUGCAGACGUGGCGCACAUAACCACGAAGUCUCCCGCCUAUCCAAUGAUGCAUCAAGUGAGAAAUCAAGUAUUUAUGCUGGAUACUAAGAGAUUAGGGACUCCAGAAUCUGUCAAACCUAUCCUUGCAUCACAUGCCAUUCGUUUGGGCAAUGGUGUGGCUUGCGACCCCAGUGAGAUAGAACCUAUUUUAAUGGAAAUCCAUAGUAUUCUCAAGGUCGACUCGAACUCCAGUUCAUGUUAG